UCAAUGGAGCAGUGAGGGUCCGCCAAUUGCCCCGUAUCAGGAAGCGUUGGGUGAGCGGCGAGGAUGGUACCGCGGGAUGGGUCCUAAACCUUCUUCCAACACGUCCUCGCACUCGUCAUCUAACAUGUCGUCUUCGCAAGCUCGGACGCAAGAACCCUUUUCCGAGGAUUUUGUUAACAGCUUGUUCCAAACCCCGUCAUUUUUGAACCAACUUAACAACUAUCUUGCUUCACAAGGAAAAGGAAAAGGAAAGUCAAAAGGCUACGAUUCUGACAACUUAUUCGAUAAUGAAUCCGACGAUGAACCCAACGAUAACGAUGACGAUGACGAUGAGUGA